CCGCCAACUCUGAGAAGCCCAACAGCUGGACUUUACACUGUCAAGUAAAACCAAGCAACCUCGUAUCCGUCGCGCAGUAAUGACGUUACGCUAGCGCUGUGCGAGGGGCGGGCCCAGGCGCAGAAACAGCCGCGUGGAUUGGUUCCCGGUCUGGAACGGGCGCGGGGCCUCCUGGGAUCCGGAAGGAGUCGCCUCUCCGCACGGAAGUCGGCCUUCUGGAGUCAUCGGAGUGAGCCACCCGGCGGCUGUGGGAAUAAGAUGGCGGGGAAGAAGAAUGUCCUGUCUUCCCUGGCAGUUUACGCGGAAGAUUCAGAGCCCGAAUCUGACGGAGAGGCUGGAGUGGAGACGGCAGGCAGCGCGGCUGAGGAGAAAGGCGGAUUGGUAUCUGACGCCUAUGGAGAGGAUGAUUUUUCUCGCCUUGGGGGUGAUGAAGAUGGUUAUGAAGAAGAGGAGGAGGAGAACAGCAAACACUCGGAAGAUGACGAUUCAGAGACUGAAAAACCUGAGGCUGAUGACCCAAAGGAUAACCCAGAAGUAGAAAAGCGGGAUCCACAGGAAUUAGUUGCCUCCUUUUCCGAAAGAGUCCGGAACAUGUCACCUGAUGAAAUCAAGAUCCCUCCCGAACCCCCUGGCAGAUGUUCCAAUCACCUACAAGACAAAAUCCAGAAGCUUUAUGAACGGAAGAUGAAAGAGGGGAUGGAUAUGAACUACAUUAUCCAAAGGAAGAAAGAGUUUCGGAACCCCAGCAUCUAUGAAAAGCUGAUCCAGUUCUGUGCAAUUGAUGAGCUCGGCACCAACUACCCAAAGGAUAUGUUUGACCCCCAUGGCUGGUCUGAGGACUCCUAUUAUGAGGCAUUAGCCAAAGCCCAGAAGAUUGAAAUGGACAAAUUGGAAAAGGCCAAAAAGGAGCGAACCAAGAUUGAGUUUGUGACAGGCACCAAGAAAGGCACCACGACCAGCGCCACAGCCACCACCACCACCACGGCCAGCACAGCUGUUGCAGAUGCCCAAAAGAGAAAGAGCAAGUGGGACUCAGCCAUCCCAGUGACAACCAUAGCCCAGCCCACCAUCCUCACCACCACAGCAACCCUGCCAGCUGUCGUCACAGUGACCACCAGCGCCAGUGGCUCCAAGACCACCGUGAUCUCUGCCGUGGGCACCAUUGUGAAGAAGGCCAAGCAGUGACCUGAGGGACCAGCGUGGGGCGGCUCGGACAUUCUCCUUCCCACUGAGGGGAGGAGCCGCUCCAGACUUGAUAAGCCUGCAGCUCAGUGAUUGAUGGCCUCGGGGAGAGUCCACUUUGUGUAUUUCAGGACUGGGACCUGCUUCCCAAAGGCUGUCCUGAGAGGAUCCUCUGUGUGGCAUUGCUGCCAAAGGAAGGACAUUCACAGAGGAGGGGCGCUGUGAAGUGUCCUUGCACCUCGGGGUCAGUGCCCUAUUAAAGUGCUGAUUCUUACGCCGUGGCAUCUCGGUUGCACUGGGCUCUUUUGCAGUCUGCUUUCAGCAAAUGCAGAAGCUCAGGUGCCCUCUCCAUCUUCAAUCGGGAUUAUCACUCAGGGUGGAGGAGAGGGUGGCCCAGGAAGGGCCGUGGCCAUUCCCAGCCUGUGCCGCUUGACAUGGGUAGGUGGGGGUCCAAACAGUGGGUGAGGCCUCGUGUCCCUGCUCUCUGCUGUCCUGAUCCCCAAACCCAGCCAGUUCUCAUACAGGAGCUCAGGCCGCUGCUCCCUUGGGGGCACUUGAGCUUCCCCGACCACUUGGGCACACCCAAACUUUGAAGUCAAGCCAGAAGUUACCAGAAGGGCUGGGGUUGAUCCCCACCCACACAGGGAGGGGAGAAGCGUCGGCUCCUGGCCAAGGCUGCCUGCUCCCUUGGUGCCCAGCCAGCAGGCUCAGUGCAGUGGGGGAGAUGAAUCACCUCCUGCCCUGCUGGGGGCAGCUCAUUGUUUACAUGAGAGCCGGGCUCCUGGGAGGAUCCUGCCUCCGCACCCUUCCUGUGCCUGUUAUCUCUGCCCCACAGCAGCGCUGGGCAGCGCCAGUGACCGCCGGGCUAGUCCUGGGGCCAACGCAGUUCCCAGCCGCCGCCAGCCCUACGGGACACGUCUGCCUUCAGCUCUUCAGCACCUCCGCACUCCAGCGGAAGGGCUUCGUGCGAGGAGGAAGCCGGACUGUGAAGAGCCACGCUGAGGUUUAGAAGGCUCUUCCUAAAAUUGCAUCUGACACUGUUGUGAUGAAUCUGCCCCUGCCAUCCCCAAAAU